UGGUGCAAAUCUAACUUUGCUUCUCCUUGGUUGUUUAAUCAUUUAUUCAACAUUUUCACCAUCAAGCUUAUAUAUUUGCUUGUAUAAAUUUCAAAAUGCUGCCUCAGUCUUGUCAAUUCUUGUUUAUCAAUUUGGUUAUUGGUGCAAUAUAUAUCAGCUGAGCAAAGCUUUUAAAACUGGUGGCGGGGCUGCUUUUUCGUUUUCGCAGAACGUCUGAAUCAUCGGCCCAUCAUUACCCAGCCGCCUUCCAACGCUUUGGCUGUGGUGGGUGGAACGGUUUCUUUCACCUGUAAGAUCCUGUCUGACCUGCACCCCAGCUUGUACUGGUUCAAAGGCAAUUAUUCGGAGGGUGACAAUGACGACAGAAGGGUUCAGUCUGGUGACACUGGCAUCACUGACCCGGAGGUCCUUAGGCUGACCAACGUUACGAUGGAAGACGAGGGCUAUUACACCUGCGUGGCAGGGAAUUCCCUCGGCAUAACUUAUGCCAUGGCGUACCUGCGCGUCGUUGAAUCCGAGGACGAGCUGAACCCUAUGCCGUCGCUGCAGCCCGUGCAGUCCAUGACGCAGCCCUUCAUCGUCAACCUGCUGGCCGGCGUCCUCUGCACCUUCUUUCUCUUCGGGGUCCUUCUCACCGUCCACAUCUUCCGCCGCCUCAAGCGCGAGAAGAUGAAGAAGAUCAAAGCCAUCGAGACGGCCAGGGCGGCCGUGGUGACGCACUGGACCAAGAAGGUGAUCGUGGAGCCCGUGUCGAGGCCGAGCGGUGGCGGCGUCGUGGUCGGCGUCGGGGAGUCGCAGUCCCAGGAGCCCUUGAUCAUGCCCAUGGUGAAGAUUCAGAAGCAGAAGUGCUCCGCGCCCGCCGACAGCCUCACCAUCUCCGAGUACGAGCUGCCCGUGGACCCGGACUGGGAGUUCCCCCGCGCCAACCUGUCGCUCGGCAAGAGCCUCGGCGAGGGCGCGUUCGGCAAGGUGGUGCGUGCCGAGGCGCACGGCAUCCUGAAGGCAGGCAUCACCACCACGGUGGCCGUCAAGAUGCUCAAGGAGGGCCACACGGACGCGGAGAUGAUGGACCUCGUGUCGGAGAUGGAGAUGAUGAAGAUGAUCGGGCGGCACGUCAACAUCAUCAACCUGCUGGGCUGCUGCACCCAGGACGGCCCCCUGUUCGUCAUCGUCGAGUACGCCCCGCACGGCAACCUCCGUGACUUCCUCCGGCAGCAAAGACCCGCGUCCGGGGCGUCCGUGGGCGGGGUGUCGGCCUCCGGGUACGAGCGCGCCAUCGGCAUCAACAAGACCCUCACACACAAAGACCUGGUGUCCUUCGCCUACCAGGUCGCAAGAGGCAUGGAGUACCUGGCGUCUAGAAGAUGCAUUCACAGAGACUUAGCUGCCCGCAAUGUACUUGUUAGUGAUGAUUAUGUAAUUAAAAUUGCUGACUUUGGUCUAGCAAGAGAUAUACAUUGCAACGACUACUACAGGAAAACCACUAACAGCAGGAUCCCUGUAAAGUGGAUGGCUCCAGAAGCACUGUUCCAUAGAGUGUACACAAGCCAGUCAGAUGUGUGGUCAUAUGGAAUUUUACUCUGGGAGAUAAUGACAUUAGGAGGAACACCAUAUCCGUCUAUGCCCAGUGUAGAGAAACUUUUCCAAUUAUUGAGAAGUGGUCAUCGUAUGGAGAAGCCUCCAGCAUGUUCAUUAGAAAUGUACAUGCUGAUGCGAGAAUGUUGGAGCUAUCAAGCUAAUGAGAGACCAACAUUUGAAGAGCUUGUUGAGGAACUAGAUAGAAUUCUGACUGUAACUGCUAAUGAGGAGUAUUUGAAUUUGGGGAUGCCGCAGUUAGUUACGCCACCUUCCAGUGAAGACGAAGAUGAGGAUGAGGACAACGAUUUGGACCUUUUUCCUAAUCUUUUAUGAAUUCCAUGAUCAUGAAAGAUCUGGAGUUUCUUAAAGCAGCAGCAGCCAAAGACUGAAUGUUUGGGUUUAAUUUUAUUGUCCUGUUAAUAAUUUUUCAAAGACAAUACUACACGUAGUUUUGGAAAGAGCAAUUUUAAAAUCUUUAUGAUCUAAAUUUUUGUUGCUCUCCAAAUUUUAUUGUUGCCAGCACAAGACCAGAUACGUAAAGUCAUCUAUUUUCAGUUAGGCUUGAUGCAAAUGUUUAUGGAUACAUUAAAUUAUUGUAUACUGUAUAUAAGACCAAAGCUACAUAGCUCAUUUGUAAAUUUGCAUUACUAAUUCAUACAUUCAUAUAAUUGCUCUCUUGUUGUCCAUGUCAUAAUGUACUGUAGUUAAUUUUUAAGUCACACCUUGGACUGAAUGGUGCAUUUCUCCCAUUGGGAAUGUGAGAAAAGUGGUUGAUACAUCACUAAUUAUUGUGUAUAUUUUUGAAGGGAAUGUAUUUUUCUUAGAAACAGAUUUCUUAGUCAAAUUUGUAUUUUCUGGUCUUUUAUAGUUACGCUUUGCGUCAUUAACGCAUCAAGUCAUGGUAAAUCAUCUGAACAUUCACUAGAAACAUAGAGAAAGUCAGAAAAUUCUAUAAGAAUUUUCUGUCUUAUCCCCUUAUUUAUUUUAUGUUUAUGAAAUAUUGAUCAUUGUUUGUUUUUUUACUUUCAAUGUUAUUGCUUGAGUUUGGUGUAUGUCUUUGUUUAAGUGAAACUAGUCAUCUGAUAGUAUUAUUAUUUCUGUUAUCUUUAGGCCAAUUAAUAACUCUUAUAUGUAUCUAUGUACAUAAUGUUUGUAAAUGUGUACUGCAUUUCUAGCAUUGCAAAAAUUACAAAUUUUGUUUCAGACAUGUGCUGUAAAGUGCUAUUACCAAAUUAUAAGGUCCUAGGGUCCUGUUUGUGUUCUAGAUGAAUUAUAUUGAAUAGCGACACACUCAUCCAGCUGUUCCCAGAAUAGCUUGUGUGCAUCACAGGAGCAAUGGUGCCCACCUACAAGAGAAAUUUCGAAAUGCCCUUGUCUUGAUGUAGUAAAGCAAACCAGAGAACCAAAUACGUUGACGCGUCAAUGUCAAUUUGACGGAUACUGAUGCGUCGUUUCUGGCUGGGGUCCGACCAGUCUCAAAAUGGAACCAAAUCUGUUUUCAGUCAAACAACGUCCAAAGUAAUGACCCACCAGAAUGUAUUUUUAGAUUUAAUUUUCAUAGAUUUACUUAUUUAAUUGUAUUUCUUGUAUUAUUUUGUUUUAUGUAUGUACAGAUUAUUUAUGUCUUACAAUUAAUGUAAAGUACAAAGAUGAAUGAGGCCAAAAGAUAUAUUUUUCAGUAUUUGUUCAUUGCAGUGUUAUGCUCAGCAGUUUUCCUGCAAAACCUAAAAAAGCUUAAACCAAUUCAUAAUGUCACAUUAUGGAAGCGGAUUAUCAAACUGCUCUACACAUUGUGUAAUUUAUUUUUAAAAAAACGUUUUUACCCAAA